AUGACUAGAUUAAAAAUUGGACAAAUCGUUAGCUGCUAUAACGAUUUGUUUUGGCUUUGCAAAAUAACGAAAAUUGACGGAGAUGAAAUAACUGUUAACUGGUAUGAAAAACAAGCGAACACUUCAUUAUUUGUCUUACAAAAGGAUGAAACCGAUAUAAUACACAAACAAUCGAUGCUCGUUCAAUUUGAUCCUUCCGUUAAUUUCAAACAAAUGAAUGAAAAUCAAAUAAAACUGUCAGAUAUUGAUAUGAAGAGUCUUUAUCAAUCAGUAACAUUAACAUCGAAUAAUAAAUUAAAACAGUUGCAGUUAGUCGAUGACGAACAACAGACACAGGAAAGCACAACGUCAUUACAUCCCGUUUUGAUAGAUGCAAUAGAACAACAGUCUCGACGAAUUCAAGUCAAAAUUAAUAAUAUGGAAAAGGAAAUUAAAGAUAUACAAGAAAGAAACGAGCUUCUCACAAAAACAUUAAAAGAAUUUCGCAUGGCAAUUAUCAAUGAAAUUCCAAUGUCUAUCGAUACUCAUUUGACAUGCUUGACCAAAUUGCUACCAAAUAUGGAUGAUGCAGAAAAACCAGAAUUAACUAAACAUUUAAUUGCAUCAACCAUUGGAUGUUCUACAGGAGAAUACAAAUCUCUAAUUUCUUUUACAAAUGAAUUACUAAACGGUAUGGAUAUAAAAUUUUUCUUUCAACACACAUUUACUCAAGGGGGAAAAGGCGGAUCCGGGAUCCCCGUACAUCCGCCAAGAUCCCCACAGAUCCGUCUCAAUAUUCUCCCGCGAAAACAGCACAAUCCUGUUCCCAAAACAGAACAGUCUGAGUCGCGAAACAGGACAAUCGUGUUCCCGAAACAGAACAGUCCGGUUCUUUUAUUGAAAGAAUUUCCUGGAUAA